AUGUGGCUCGGCCGCGGUUCCGCAAACUGCGGACGAUGCUUUACGGGGUCUGGUCGCUAAUGGAUAAAGCUAUCGUGGAAAAAUUAACCGUCAGCCGUGGUUGCGGGUACUUGCAGCUGGGAAUUAGAAGCCGUAGUGAAGAGCUUGGAUUGGCACAUUGUAUCGUAUACAGCGGUCCCAGAGAGACAGAGAGAAAUUAAGGGAAACGUGGAAGUUUGCGCACGGCUUUCAGUAACAUCUGUUCUUACAGCGCUGUGUUUAUUGUGUUGUUGAAGAAUCGCGUGUCAAAUCCGGUAGAGAUUUGGGUUACGAAUGUGGAAUACAACUACAUCAUCUUAUACUAUGGCAUGUUAAUCUGCAUAUGACGAUGGCGCUCAGACUUGGAUAUUUUGUGCAAGACUGCUCUGAUGGGAUGAUCGGUUGUUGACGAAAGCGGCUUUUAGAGCGAAUAUAGGCUUUCAAAAUGGUUGGUGUAAUGAUAGCGGUUGCGCUAACUUUGACGGGCUCAAGUUUGAUGGUUGCCGGGGUGACAUACAAUUUCGCUGACGCAUGCGUAGCUGGGCCGCCGUGCGAGUGCUACAAAAAGACGGAAUACACCAAAGACGAACCGGACGGAUUCGAGGUGAGCGUCUUGGACUGCAGUGACAAGCGAAUCAGCGCCGUGCCGUUUUUUCGACAGCUGGAGAAUGUGACUGUUGACAGGGUUUUUCUCCAGAAUAAUCGAAUCGCCGUGGUGCCGAAAGACGCUUUCUUUGGCUUAUCGGCCUCACUGAUUGAUCUGUCCGGUAACAAAAUAGACACAAUCGAAGAGAACGCUUUCCGCGGACUAGAGACCAGAUUAACUACGUUACGAUUGGGGUCUAACCGGCUCAGCACGUGGCCCAUCAGCGCCGUAUCUUCUCUGGAAAGCUUGCAGACUCUAGACUUGCUCAGCAAUGAGGAGAUAUACCAGCUCCCGUGGAACUCGUUUCGAGGGUUGACCUCCCUGAGAAAACUCGAUUUGGGAAAUUGUGCGGAAGGGUUUCAGAUCCACGACGAGGCUUUUGAACCGAUUCAGGAAACGCUAAAGCAGUUAAUGCUUCACCAUUGUGCUCUGACGGAAGUCCCUAAAGCGCUGAGUGUUCUCGGGAACGUCGAAAUUCUUCGUCUACCCCGUAAUCGGUUCAGCUCCCUCACAUCGGAGAGUUUCCAAGGAUUACACAGCCUAAAAACGCUGGACUUGACGGGCAACGCCAACCUCUCGUCCUCGGAGAGUUUCCCGCCAGACAGUUUUGCCGAAGUCGGGGAGACAUUGGAACUGCUUGAUUUGACGGGUAUUGGGCUGACGCGAAUCCCUACAAUUUUCACGCCUUUAGAAAAAUUGAAAUCAUUGUAUUUGUCCAGAAAUCAGAUUAGUUCCAUCGAGCGAGGAACAUUUUCCGUCCUAACUUCAUUAGAGAAGCUUUAUAUUGAUAAUAAUCCACUGGACUACUCCCAAGGAAUGUUUGACGGUUUGAAAGAAUCUUUGACUUUCAUCAAGGUCGCUUCGCAAAAUAUAAGCAGAUUGCCUAACCCGGAACUGACGUCAUUACGGGGACUGCGCACUGUGGACGCUUCCCAUAAUGCGUUUGGGGAACUUCCGGGUGACUUUGCCGAAGGCAUUCCGGCCACAGAUUAUCACCUUAGCAACAGUGACAUCACAAAAAUCUCCCCAACUGCCUUUUCGGGGAAAUCGUCUCAGGUGAGUCUGACAUUACAGGGAAAUUCUUUAGAAACUCUGGACUUUGUCCAGGACCCGUGUUACUACUGGAGAAUCGACGUAACCGACAAUCCGAUCUUGUGCGACUGCCAUACUUACAGGCUUUCCAAAUACCCUCACUUGCUAGUGAAAGGGACAUGUGCCAAACCUGAUUUUGUGGAAGGCCUCGCCAUUGGUAGUACGGAGUUCGAUAACACAAUGUACUGGAGAUGUGUAGAUCACUUCUUUGAGGACACGAAACUCUGCUCCAAAUGGUGGCUUAGCGCUGGCAGCUGGGUGCGGCAAUCUCCUGCCACCAUCACGUUAUCAUUAUUGACCGUUCUAAGCUUCCUUAGAUAGUCACGUCUUGUAGUCGUCAGUGUAGAUAGAAAAAUCAAUCAUAAAUUGUCCCAUCCAUAGGACACUCAUCCAUUUCGUGUGGAGCGUGCGUUUGUUUGUUUGUUUUUUGUCGGGUUUUUUUUUUGUGUUCAUUUCAGUAGAAGCUACAGAUAUCAAAGUGACAGCUCUUGCUAUCUAUAGAAAUGCAUUGCCUCGUGGCGUGUGAUUUUGCAGCCAUUUUGUUGAGUUGAGGAGGUACAGAAUCUCAAUUUUCCUGUAAAGUCCCUGGCUUGUGGGAUUUGUAUGAAGGAUGCAAGGACUUGACAAGAGAUAUUUGGAGAGCGCAUUUUUUUUUUUACAAAUGUGUUUUGUCCAAUAUUAAGAAAUAGAAAGUAAAAGUAAAAACAAAUCGAGCAAGGAACACAGACUUGAAUAUAUGACAGCUGAUUUGUGCAAUGAGUGUCGACAACUUCAUCUAGAAAUUGCUGUUACGUGAAAUCAACUUUACUCUGUGCGACGUAGGCCAGAGUCUUCUUCUAUGAGAUUGUGUAGGUCCUGUAGAAUUUACUAGUAGCAAUGUGUGAGAUAUUAAAUGCCCAUGACCGGGGUUUCUUCAAUACGAGACAAAUUAUAUGUAGCUUUUCUUCAACUAAACUUAAACAAAGUUGGCGCAUGAAGCAUGGUGACAAUAUCCGAGAUGAACAGGCACGUGUUAGUGGUUGCCAUCGCCUAACGAACUUCUGUUGCUUAUUUUAUGAUUACUGAUCACUGAGCAACUUGACUGAAAACGACCACGCUUUAAAUUAACUUUCCCGCUUGAACUAUAACAGAUUUAUCAUAUGAAAUAUAUCAUAUCCCGGAAUUGUACAUUUCGUAUUUUUAUCAAUUACUAUUUUUUGCUAUGUACCCGAGUCAUGUGAAUGGAACCAUCAUUUCUGUACAUCGGUACCGCGUUUUCUCAAAUUGUCUGUUUUCCCAUGUUGUAAAACACUUAAGACGAAACGUCAAACUAAGAUGAAAUGCUCACAAACGAGGGAAAUAACAAUUGAAGGAUUAGUUUAAGCUUCGAUGUUUAGGCUAUCCUUUGGUCAAACUAAUAGAAAUGCCUACGGACAUUUUAACUCAGUGUCAACUUUAGAAGAUGUUUAAGGAUUAUAGAUCCUAAGGUGUGCUUUACCUUGCUUUCGCUUUUAGCAUUUGUUUUAUCCUGAAGUGUUAAUACUGUGUUUCACCUAAAGUUUGGUAUUUAAGAUGUAAAAUACACUUUCAGCAAGACGUAAAGACUUAACAUGAUACUUUUAAUGCAGACACUUAAGCUUUUCUGGUAAGAAACUGAUCAAACUCUGCUCAAAAAUCUUAAGUGGUCGUGUAAGGUGGAUGAACCGUUCAGAAUCAACCAAAAGGUGUGACUUUACCGUGCGAAACUUUAGCUGAAAUAUGGUAUACCCUAAA